GGUUUAGAAGGUUACGUGUGCUGGUGAAAGCGAGCGCCGGCAUUACAAGAGCUACAGAUCAGACCCAACCUCCGAACAACCAUGAUCAGGCACCUAGCAAUCAUCGUACUCUUCGGCGCCUGCGCUUUAGCUGCCGUAGUACAGAAGCGGUCGCCUCUCCCGAUUUCGGUGGCAGUGAUAGGAGGACCUCCACCAAAGAAGAACGAGCAAGACCUCUCCAAGAUCCCUGGAACUCCUGGAGUUGACUAUCCACUCUUCAGGUCUGUUCCUCCAACAUCCUUUUCAUGCGCUCAUGUACCCUUCGCACCUGGCAUGUACGCCAAUGUGGAGACUGGGUGUCAGGCCUACCACGUCUGCCAUGACGGUAGGGAGGGUGAACAAGGAGCCUCUUUCCUCUGCUCAAACGGCACACUCUUCAACCAGAAAGAAUUCGCCUGCGAUUGGUGGUACAACGUCAACUGUGAUGAAGCUCCCAACUACUACGAACUGAACUUGUACGCUGAGAAGAACCCCUACUACCCCAAGAAGAAACCUGAAGAGGCACCACAGCAUGGAGCCUACCCCGAGUACGAGGCCGCCUACUAAUCAACUUCGAUGAAACAUUCGAUUCUAUAAAACGAAGAAAGUUUGAUGAAAAGGAAAGAAACUAUUGUUUUUUCAAAGACGGAUGGAACAAAUUUUAUUUUUAAUUUCUUUUUUAAUGAAAUUCCUUUAAUUGUUUUGAUAUGUUGCCAUUUAAUUGCCAUCAAUGAACACGAGAUCAUAUUGAUCGUUCAUUGUUAGAUCAUCAAAUUUUACAAAAACGUAUCGUUAGUAUUAUGUACGAGUUCACACUUAUGUCAGUUAUAGUAAGAAAUUUUAUAUAUGAAACAUCCAACUGAGUGAUAAUUCCUAAACCAUCAUUAUUCAUGUAAUUUUCUGGAUUAUCAUGUUACUUGAUUUUUGUUACGAUUCUGUUGUUAUCAGGAGAUUUAAAACUGUUAUUUAAAAAAUAUCAAAUAAAUUCUGUUGAAUUAUGUGUUACCA